AUGAACCGAAGGCGCGCCUAUGAAGAUGAUGGGGACUUUUACGGCGAGCGAAACAAGAAGCGCCGUAGAGUUUCAGAAAAUCAGGAAAUGGAGGAACGUUUAGAAACAUUGAUCCUACGGGUCGGCGAAAACAGUUCCUCCUCGUUAGAGUCGAACCUGGAGGGGUUGGUGUCCGUACUCGAGUCCGACUUGGGAAAUUUUCGAAGCAAAAUUCUGCGCAUUCUUUCCGAUUGCCCUAUCAAAAUGCCCGAAAAGUGCACCAUAUACUCUACUAUGGUUGGAUUAAUGAAUGCCAAGAACUACAAUUUCGGAGGCGAAUUUGUCGAGUACAUGGUAAAAACGUUUAAAGACAGCUUAAAACAAUGCCAAUGGGAUGCUGCUCGGUAUGCUUUGCGAUUCCUGGCAGAUCUGGUGAAUUGCCACGUUAUAUCGACAAAUUCACUGCUGCAGCUUCUAGACAGCAUGGUUGAUGCUGCCAAUGAAGAUAAUGUGCCUCAAGUUCGUCGUGAUUGGUACGUGUUUGCAGUUCUUUCCACUUUACCGUGGGUCGGUCGGGAGCUGUACGAGAAAAAAGAAUCGGCCCUCGAAAACUUACUGGUGCGGAUUGAGGUAUUCCUCAACAAGCGAACCAAAAAGCAUCACAACGCAUUGCGUGUGUGGUCAGUGGAUGCUCCCCAUCCACAAGAAGAAUAUCUAGACUGCUUGUGGGCACAAAUUCGGAAGCUGCGUCAAGACAAUUGGACCGAAAAGCAUAUCCCUCGGCCGUAUUUGGCCUUCGAUUCGGUUCUGUGCGAAGCUCUGCAGCAUAACAUCCCCGUGAUACAUCCGCCACCCCAUCAGGACUCCUUCGAAUACCCGAUGCCGUGGGUAGUGUACCGCAUGUUCGACUAUACUGAUUGCCCACCCGGCCCGAUUCUGCCCGGGGCUCAUUCGAUCGAACGAUUCCUCAUCGAGGAACAUCUACAUUCGAUCAUUGAGAUGCACCAUUGGGAACGUAAGGACUGCGCCAUACACUUGCUGUAUCUAUCCUUCAAGGAAAAAAUCCCCCUUGAGUAUUGCAUCGUAGAAGUAAUCUUUGCCGAACUGUUCCAUAUGCCAACACCUCGGUACCUCGAGAUAUGUUACGGUUCGAUUCUGAUUGAGCUGUGCAAACAGCAACCAUCAAAAAUGCCGCAGGUGCUUGCACAAGCCACGGAAAUUCUCUUCAUGCGUAUUGAUUCCAUGAAUACCUCGUGCUUUGAUCGUUUCGUUAACUGGUUUUCGUAUCACUUGAGCAAUUUCCAAUUUCGUUGGUCCUGGGACGAUUGGGACAGUUGCCUUUUGCUCGAGAACGAACAUCCACGACCAAAAUUUAUACAGGAGGUACUACUGAAGUGUUUAAGAUUCUCCUACCAUGAUAGGUUCAAGGAAAUGAUGCCUGAAGGGUACGCGAAACUUAUUCCAAAACCUCCCAUGCCUCACUACAAGUACUCCAUGGAAGGCGCAGCAUCUUUGCCGGGGACUGCUACCGCUCACAAACUAGUGGUUGCCAUUCGUCAAAAAUGUAAUGCUGACGACGUGCUGAACGAGCUGAACGAUUUACCCAAUUCACGAGAUGCUGCCGAUACCGAUAUGGCUGAAGCACCUUUUAAUCCUCUGAAGAUCGACGUGUUCGUUCAAACUCUUCUUAAUUUGGGCUCAAAAAGUUUCUCUCAUAGUUUUGCGGCGAUUUCUAAAUUUCAUGCCGUUUUCAAGGCGUUGGCAGAAACGGAAGAGGCUCAAAUAAGUAUUUUGCACAAUAUGUUUGAGCUGUGGGUAGAUCAUCAACAGAUGAUGGUCGUCAUCGUUGAUAAAUUGCUAAAAGUGCAAAUAGUCGAAUGUUCUGCUGUUGCUACGUGGGUCUUUUCGAAGGAAAUGGUUGGAGAAUUCACAAAAAUGUACCUGUGGGAAAUUCUCCAUCUAACCAUUAAAAAGAUGAAUCAACACGUGACUAAACUGGGACGUGAGUUGAAUGACGCUAAGGACAAAUUGGCACGGACGGUAGAAUCCUCUUCGAGCGAGUCGGAAGACGAAACGUCUUCCAAUCCCCAAAAACGUCGCAAAAAUACGGAUGAAACGGUGGAAAAACCAACAGAGGAACAAGUUGAGCGUAUGGAAGAAAAGCUUGAAGCGGCGUACGUCGAUCAAAAGCGGCUAUUUUUGAUUAUUUUUCAACGGUUCAUCAUGAUCCUAUCCGAGCAUCUAGUUAAAUGUGACACGGACGGAAGGGAAUAUGAUACAGAUUGGUAUCGCUGGACCGUUGGCAGGUUACAGCAGGUGUUUAUGAUGCACCACGAGCAAGUGCAGAAGUACAGUAGUACAUUAGAAAGUUUGCUGUUCACGUCCGAUCUCGACCCGCACAUACUUGAUGUGUUCCAUCAAUUCACCGCGCUACGAGCAUAAAACGGUGCGCUGUUGGUACCAUAACGUUUGUGUGCGUUAUUCAUCCCUUGUGGAUUGUACUAUUACCUUUCACGGACUAGUGACGAUCAUCGGUCGAUGGCAAGCGGAUGAUGCCAGCAAAUGCAACUAAAGGUCAUCGCACUGUUGAAUUUGACUAUCGAUGUGUAUCUCUCCGCGAGGCGCAGCAAUAUCCUUUUUAAUCAUCUUUGAAAAUAAUUUGUAACUUAUCGUGUCCCCUCUGUGUGAUGGAUAGAAUCGUGAAUAAUGAUUUAUUGCAACAAAAAAAGGAUAAACAAGUGUAAUUGAAAUUGUAACGGAUAAACUCCAAGGCGUCGCUUUAUUGAACGAAAGGGGUUGAAAUAUCACACGAAUAAUGUGGAA